AUGUUCCAAGAACAGAGGCGUGUGUUCUUCCUUCCAUUUGAAAACCAUUUCGUAGAUGCGUGCGCAAACGCUGCAGCCCUCAGGCUGCUCGAAGCGGCGAGGACCGGCGACGUGGAGACCGCGCGCGCUAUAUUGGACGCGAGACCGAGGCUGGUGAACUGCAGGGAUGUCGACGGCCGCCACUCUACACCGCUGCAUUUUGCCGCUGGGUACAAUCGGCUACCGCUCGCCCAGCUGCUACUUCAAAGGGGGGCCGAUGUCCACGCCAAGGAUAAGGGGGGUCUGGUCCCAUUGCACAACGCCUGCUCGUACGGCCACUUCGAGGUGACUGAGCUGCUGGUGUCCGCCGGCGCUGGUGUGAAUGCGGCCGACUUGUGGAGGUUCACGCCUUUACACGAGGCGGCCGCUAAGGGGAAGGCGGAUAUUGUUCGGCUACUCUUGAAGCACGGAGCUGAUCCAACGAGAAGAAACCGCGACGGCCUGACGCCGCUGCAGCUUGUGAGAGCCGGUGACAGCGACACCGCCGACGCUCUGAGAGGGGAUGCUGCUCUGCUGGAUGCUGCGAAGAGAGGCGACCUGGCUCGAGCGAAGAAACUAAUCACACCGCAAAAUGUGAACUGCAGGGACUCACACGGAAGGAACUCGACGCCACUCCAUCUUGCUGCCGGCUACAACAACCUGGAGGUAGCGGAGGCGCUGCUGGCGGGUGGCGCGGCGGUGGCGGCGCGCGACAAGGGCGGGCUGGUGCCGCUGCACAACGCGGCGUCGUACGGGCACCUGGAGCUGGCGGCGCUGCUGCUGCGCGCCGGCACGCCGCCCAACGCCGCCGACCGCUGGGGCUUCACGCCGCUGCACGAGGCGGCGCACAAGGCGCGCACGCAGCUCUGCGCGCUGCUCAUCGCACACGGCGCGGACCCGUUCCUGAAGAACCAGGAGGGGCAGACGGCGCUGGAGCUGGCGGGCGCGGACGACGUGCGCUCGCUGCUGCAGGACGCCAUGACGGGCGCGGCGGGUGCGAGCGAGCCGCCCCCUCCUCCGCCUCCGCCGCCGCCUCGCCUGCCCGUGCGCCUGCCCUCCGGCGACACCGCGCCGCUCGCGCCGCCCGUGAUGCCAAGCAAUUACUGGGCAGAGGGUUCUCGCGGAAGUCUGGAAGACGCCGCGGGAAGACCAGCUUCCGCACUCUCCACCUCCGAAUCCUUGCAGACCUUCUUGUCCAGGAUUGGUCUGGAGCAGUUAGGUCCAGCGCUGGAACGGGAGCAGAUCUCCGUGGACAUCCUGUCGGAGAUGUCGCACGAGGACUUGCGCGCUGUUGGUGUCGCCGCGUACGGACACCGGCAUAGACUCAUCAAGGCUGCGAGACAAAGUCUACAAGCGCAGUCAGAGUGGUACGGCGGCACGACGCUGGUGGAGAUGUCUGCGGAGGAGUGCGGCGGGGGCGAGUUCUCGCUGGUGGAGCGUGAGCUGCAGGCCUCCGUACGCGCGCACCGCGACCAGGCCGGCGGACACUUCUCCCGGUACCGCGUGCUCAGGAUACAAAAGAUAGUGAACGGCCGUCUCUGGGAGCGCUACCAGCACAGAAGAAAAGAAGUGAGCGAAGAGGCUGGCGCGCCAAACGAACGUAUGCUCUUCCACGGGUCCCCAUUCAUCAACGCCAUCGUGCAGAAGGGCUUCGAUGAGAGACACGCCUAUAUAGGCGGUAUGUUCGGGGCCGGUAUAUACUUUGCGGAGCACUCGUCGAAGAGCAACCAGUACGUGUACGGCUUCGGCGGCGGAUCCGGAUGUCCCACGCACAAGGACCGCAGCUGUUACCUUUGCCACAGACAAAUGCUUCUCUGCCGCGUGACUCUCGGGCGAGCAUUUCAACUGGCGAGCGCCAUGAAGAUGGCUCACGCACCUCCCGGCCACCACAGUGUAGCCGGCCGCCCAAGCCACGGCGGCCUCUGCUUCCCCGAGUAUGUGGUCUACCGUGGUGAACAGGCCUAUCCCGAAUACCUGAUCACGUACCAGAUUGUGAACGACGAAACAAAUUCGGGGUCCGUUUAA